AUGAACGCGUCCGUUCCCAACGUGCUGCGGCCGGGCGGCUCCCGCAACACGCCGCUCGGUCUCGCAGACAUUCGGCCGCGCGCCGACUCGAGCCUGUCGGACGGGUUUCCUGGUGGCUAUGACCAGGCCAACGCCCAGCCGGGCAGCAGCAACUACCUGGCACCGUGGGCGCUGUAUGCAUUCGACUGGUGCAAGUGGCCAUCGACGGGCAACGGCGCCGGCAAGCUGGCCAUUGGCAGCUACCUCGAGGACGGGCACAACUUUAUCCAGAUCCUGGACACGCAUGUCAGCCAGGCGCCGGCCGAGUCGUACCAGCCAGGCACGUCCAAGUACCAGCUGGAAUUCACCAAGGUGGCCGAGGCCACGCACACGUAUCCCGUGACGCGGCUGCUCUGGGAGCCGCCGUCUUCGCAGAAACAGUCCACCGACCUGUUGGCGACGUCGGGCGACCACCUGCGGCUGUGGUCGCUGCCCUCGGACACGCCGACGUCGGCGACCAGCAGCACGAUUGGGCGGCGGGACGCGGGCACCACCAAGCUGACGCCGCUGGCGCUGCUGUCCAACUCCAAGACACCCGAUCACACGGCGCCGCUGACGUCGCUGGACUGGAACACGGUGUCGCCGAGCCUGAUUAUCACGUCGAGCAUUGAUACGACGUGCACCAUCUGGGACAUUCCGUCGCUCACCGCCAAGACGCAGCUGAUUGCGCACGACAAGGAGGUGUACGACGUGCGCUUCUGCGCCGGCAGCAUGGACGUGUUUGUCAGCUGCGGCCAGGACGGCAGCGUGCGUAUGUUUGACUUGCGUAGUCUGGAGCACAGUACUAUCAUCUACGAGCCCACAGGCAAGGAUGACCGCGAUGCCCAAGGCGGUAGGAUAAGUCCGACACUCGCCCAGCAGACCAUGUCCAACCCGCCGCCGCUGCUGCGCCUGGCCACCUCGCCCCACGACACCCAUCUGCUCGCCACGUUCGCCCAAGACUCGGACGUCAUUCGCAUCCUGGACGUCCGGCAACCUGGCCAGGCCCUGCUCGAGCUGCGCGGCCACGGCGGCUCGGUCAACUGCGUCGAGUGGUCGCCGCACCGUCGCGGGACGCUGGCGUCUGGCGGCGACGACUGCCAGGUGCUCAUCUGGGACUUGCUGACCAACAACAGCUCGUUGCUGGCCGGCAGCAGCCUGGGCACCGGGGGCGGCAGCGGCGGCGGCAGCGGCACCAUCAGCAGCAACAGCGGCGCCCCCGGUGCUCCUGGGAGCGGUGCGGCGCCGCCUGCGAACGGCGCGACUCCGGCGGAAAACGCGCGGGCACCCGUGGCGGCAUGGCAGUGCGACUAUGAGGUCGGCAACCUGGGCUGGGUCCCGCGGCUGGCCAACAGUGACGCCGGCGAGUGGCUGGGCGUGAGUGGCGGACGGGGUAUCUGGGGUGUGCGUUUCUAA